CCAGAGUGAGGAGCACAACCAGCCAUGGCGGAGUCCCAGCUCGCGGUGAUGGAUGACGAGCACGUGAACGAGAAGAUCCCGGAGACUCGGCCCGAGUUUUACUACAGCGAGGAGCAGAGAGCGGCUCUGGAGCAGCUCGUGAAGAACGGGGACGGCCCGUUCAAGAUGCGCAUGAAAGAAGACAACAUAAAGGACUUCCUGUCCGCGCGCGAGGUCAAGACUCUGCUCAAAAGUUUCCGAGAGUAUGACAAGCACAGUGACGGCGAGGCUGCGCCGUCCGAGCCCUCCAAGGACUCCAGCAGCGCAGACUCCGGGGUCCACUCCACCUACUGGCCGCAGAUGUCCGACACAGAGGUCCCGGCGCUGGACAUCGGCUGGCCCGGACACAGCGGACUGUACAAGGGGGUGACACGCGUGCACGUGUACACGCACCCUCCCAAAGAACACGGACCGCACAUCAAACAGGUGGUCCGCAAGCUCAUCCAAGAGGCGCACAAGGUGUUGGCGAUAGCGAUGGACCUCCUGACAGACCUUCAGAUCCUCCAGGACCUGCUGGACGCCUCCUCUCGUCGUUCCGUGGCUGUCUACAUAGUCCUGGACGAGGGCGGGGUCCCUCACUUCCUCGACAUGUGCUCCAGACUCCAGAUCAGCGCCGUGCAUCUCAGGAACCUGCGUGUGCGUUUGGUGCGGGGCUGUGGUCUGGCUCUGUCCUGUGGGAGACUGCCCGGCUCCCUCUGCUCCAAGUACAUGCUCGUGGACGGAGAGAAGGUCAUGUUUGGGUCCUACAGUUUCACCUGGAGUUCUUCUCGUAUGGACCGAAACACCAUCACGGUCAUGACGGGGCAGGUGGUGGACAACUUCGACCAGGAUUUUCGAGAACUUUACGCGAUUUCCCAACAAGUGGACCUUUAUCGCGAAUUUAACAUCACGAAACCGCCCGUGACCAACCACGUCAAAAAACCCAAAGUGGAGCCUAUCAAGCCAACUCCCGUCUCUACAUCACGAUUCCAAGUUUCGGUCGGCGACACGAAGCAAAUGGACGUCAAAGUCCCGGCCCAUAAGUAUCACAAUCCCAAAUAUUCCUUAGUUUUCGGAAAUAAAACAGGUUUGACGACAUCGCUGCAAGACCUGUCCACGGCGAAAGACUCCGUAAGUAGCGUUAACACCAAAAAAAUUAGCAGUUUUCUGUACGCGAGUAAGGAUGCUAAACUGGACAAAACAGAGGCGGGAAGCACGAGGUCGAAUACGACAGAGGACGAGCACGAACCGAAGCCAAAUUUGAAGAAAAAUCACAGCAAGAAGCAGCUAACGUCAUUCAGGAAUUUGCUUAAAGGGAAGCAUGCUCACAACGCACCACCAGACACUAUAACUGAAGGCGUGGCGACCCAGAACAGUCCGGUACAAAAUGGUAAAUUGGGAACGUCACAUCAUAGUCCAGCUCAGAAAGGCAAACUGGGAACGUCGCAUAGUCCGGUACAGAACGGAAAAAUUGGAACGUCUCACAGUCCGGUUCAGAACGGGAAGGUGCUCAUGGUGGACGCAAAUGGAGGGAAUGAAUCCGAAGACGGGUUUGAGAUCUUGGAGAAACCCGGAACGCAGAGGAACAAAAGCAAGAAGAGUGGGAAGCUGAUACAUCGGAGCGUGUCCCUACAGGCCAUCGACGUCGGAGCAGGAGAGGACGGUUUCAAGAAUCGACGAAGACAAAACAAAAAGAACUGUAUCCAGCAAUGAAUGUUUUUAUUUUAUUUUUAUUUUUAAUUUUUUAACACAAACUAUAGAGUUUGCAUGUGUUUCGUUUUCCUGGUUGAUGUCACUCCAGCUGAUAUGAGACUCUUUAUCGCCUUUGUGCUUUUGGGCGUGGCACUGUUAAGUCACCAACAGUUUGAUCACAUGACUUCCAUCCGAAAGGACUGGUUAAAUAUUAGCUCGGCGGGAUGGGAGCGACCACGCCUGAACAUACGGUUUAAGCCCAUUGUUUUUCUGUGUCUUUUUUUUACAAACUUAACUUAUUCCAUGCAAAGUAGUGUUUUGAAUGAUGACUUAAGCAUACACCUUAUUGCUGUCUGUAUAGUGGGAAGGUUAGAACAAUGAUGGAGAUUUAACCCUCAACCUCCAACCCAACCUUGUGCAUUUUCUAAACUGAAAUAAUAACGGCAUAAUGGUAAAUACAGAUAAAUGUAAAAAAUUUUAGUUUUUAAACUUCAUUUUGUUUCCAAUGAGACUUUUAAGCGCUGGAGCUCCCUCUACUGUCAAAAACGGGAACUAACAUUUAGAAAGUAAACAAUUGAACUCCUUCAGAUAAUAACGGCAUAAUGGAAAAGAUAGAUAGAUAGAUAAAUAGAUAGAGAGAUAGUUUAUUAAUCUCGAAGGAAAUUCAAAAUGUGCUUUCCUAACUUCAUUUUGUUUCCAAUGAGACUUUUAAGCGCUGGAGCUCCCUCUAGUGUCAGCAACGGGAACUAACAUUUAGAAAAUAAACAAUUGAAGUCUUUCAAUUAAUAAUCGCAUAAUGAAGAAAUAUAGAUAGAUAGAUAGAUAGAUAGAUACUUUAUUGAUCUAGAAGGAAAUUUAAAAUGUACUUUCUAAACUUCAUCUUGUUUCCAAUGAGACUUUUAAGCGCUGGAGCUCCCUCUACUGUCAGCAACUAGAACUAACAUUUAAAAAGUAAACAACUGAAAUCCUUCAAUUAAUAACGGCAUAAUGGAAAAGAUAGAUAGACAGAUAUUUUAUUAAUCUCGAAGGAAAUUCAAAAUGUACUUUCUAAA